UGUCGUAGCAUAGUCCUUGUUAUUCCGAAAUCCGAUUGGCUGGCGGGGUAGAACGAAGGUGGGGGAUUGGCUGCUGCCAAGAAGGCGCUUGGGAAGCAUUCACGCGGCAUGUGGCCCUAAGACAAAGGCAGCAGGAGCGUCUUGCUUACCGGAAUGAGUUGCAUUAACCAUACGGGGUGUGGAAGACCAUAACCUAGAGUCCGGAGUCUGGGAGUGCUGGUUUGCAGAUUCCAUUUUGAAAGGCAGUGAGGUGAAAGGGAGAGGCUCUUGUGAUAUUUCAAGAUGCCCUAAAGAAAUGGAGGGAUAGUCCAAGAAGAUCACAAUGGAGAGAGGAAUCUGCCCCCCUUUUUUGGCAACAGCGGAUGGGAUCUGGGCCGCUGAAUAAGGAUCAGAAGGCCCUUCUCCUCCCUUUGGGGUGCAGAAUGUCAUCCAGAUGGUUUGACUUGGAAGGAAGACAAGAGCCUUCUUCCUGGAAAGAAGAAAAGGCUGUAGUGGAGCCAGCACAGAUGGUGACUUUUGAAGAUGUGGCUGUGUAUUUCACAGAGGGGCAAGCGGCUGUGCUGGACCCGGAUCAGAGAGCUUUGUAUAAGGAUGUCAUGAUGGAAAAUUAUGGGAACACGGCCUCAUUGGGAUUUCUAGGUGACAAGCCCGACCUCAUUGUCCGGCUCGAACGGGGAGAAGAGCCAUGGCUGCCUGAUCCUAAGGGCUUGGAUGAAGCACAGGUUGCUGGCACCAGCUCAGCAGGUGGUUUUAAGAACUUCUGCUUGGAGUGUGGAAAAUAUUUUGCUGAGAAAAUGAAGCUUGUUAGACACCGGAAGACCCACACCGGAGAGAACCCUUAUAAGUGCUUGAAGUGUGGGAAGGUGUUUGGCUGGAAAUCACAUCUUGACCUACACCAGAGAGUCCACAUAGGAGAGAAGAAGCCAUACAAGUGCUCAGAUUGUGAGAAGUGUUUUGCCCAGCACUCAGAAUUUGUGAUCCACCAAAGAAUCCACACGGGAGAGAAACCCUUUAAAUGUUUGGAGUGUGAGAAAUGUUUUGCCCGCCGCUCACAUCUUGUGAGCCACCAGAGAGUUCAUACAGGGGAGAAACCAUACAAGUGUUUGGAGUGUGGGAAAUGUUUUGCGCGUAGUUCUGUCAUUGUGAACCACCACCGAAUCCACACAGGAGAGAAGCCCUAUGAGUGCCUGGAGUGCGGGAAAUGUUUUGCCCAACACCCAGGCCUUGUGAUUCACAGAAGAAUCCACACAGGAGAGAAACCGUAUGGAUGCUUAGUGUGUGGGAAAUGUUUUGCUCACAAAGCAGCCCUCGUGAUUCACCACAGAAUCCACACAGGAGAGAAACCACAUAAAUGUCCUGAGUGUGGAAAAUGUUUUGCUGAAAGCUCAACCCUUGUGAGGCAUCAGAGAGUUCACACAGGAGAGAAACCUUACAAAUGCUUGGAGUGUGGGAAAUCUUUUGCUCAGCACCCAGGCCUUGUGCAACAUCAGAGGAUCCACACAGGAGAGAAACCCUAUAAAUGCUUGGAAUGUGGGAGAUGUUUUUCUCGUCAGUCAGUCCUUGUGAAACAUCAGAGAAUCCACACGGGAGUCAAACCUUGUAAAUGUUUUGUGUGUGGGAAAUGUUUCACUCAACGGUCAACCUUGGUGAAACACCAGAGAAUACACAUUGGAAGCAAACCCUAUACAUGUUUGGAAUGUGGAAAAUGUUUUGCCUAUCGGUCAGUUCUUAUGAACCACAGAAGAAUUCACACUGGGGAGAAACCCCACCAGUGCUCAGAGUGCGAGAAGUGUUUUGUUCACAAGGCCGCCCUAAUGAAUCACCAGAGAAUCCACACUGGAGAGAAACCAUUUAAAUGCUUGGAAUGUGGGAAAUGUUUUGCUUGCCAAUCAACCCUCUUGAAACACCGGCUUGUCCACACAGGAGAGAAGCCCCACCUGUGCCCUGAGUGUGGAAAAUGUUUUGCUAGACGAUCAGACCUGGAAAGUCACCAAAGAACUCACACUGGAGAGAAGCCCUAUGAAUGCUUGGAGUGCGGGAAGCAUUUUGCUCGCCGUUCAAAUGCUUUGAGUCAUCAGAAAAUCCAUACAGGGGAGCGACCCUUUAAAUGCUUGGAGUGCAGGCAACGUUUUGCCGACAGAGCAGAUCUUGAGAUUCACCAGAGAGUCCACAUGGGGGAGAGACCCUAUAAAUGCUUGGAAUGUGGAAAAUGUUUCACCCGCCCGUCGUCUCUUGUAAAACACCAGAGGGUCCACACGAGAGAGAAGCCCUAUAAAUGUUUGGACUGUGGGAAGUGUUUUGCCCAUCAUUCACGUCUCAUGGUCCACCAGAGAUACCACACUGGGCAAAAUCUCUCGGAGUGUGUGGAGUGUGGGAAAUGUUUUGCUGAGCGAUCGGGCCUCAUAUCUCACCUGAGAAUCCACACAGGAGAGAAACCCUAUCAGUGCCCUGAGUGUGGAAAAUGCUUUGUUCAACAAUCGCAGUUAGUUGUACACCAGAGACUCCAUACUGGACUGAAACCCCACAAAUGCUCAGACUGUGGGAAAUGUUUUGCUGAGCGAUCACGCCUCGUAAACCACCAGAGAAUCCACACAGGGGAGAAACCAUUUAAAUGCUUGGAGUGUGGGAAAUGUUUUACACACCAGUCAGUUAUUCCAAAACACCAGAGAGUCCACAGAGGAGAGAGACCUCAUAAAUGCUUGGAGUGUGGAAAAGGGUUUUCUAGCCGUUCACAUCUUGUGAAGCAUCAGAGAGUUCACACCAAAAAGUCUUCAGAAUGUGGAGGGAAGUUUUAGUGAGCAAGGAAACAUUUGAAAUUAAAGAGAUCUCAGCCCAUCCUUUCAGGAGGAGACACUCUUUCCAGAUGUGUAGAAGGUAUUUUGAACAUCAAGCCUGGAAGCGGCAUCAUGCUCUUAAAGGGAUAACCUCUUUUGAAAGGAAAGUCCCUGCAAAUGCCUUGAAU